ACUACAGGGCUAACGGGGGGUAGUUUGGAGGAGAGAGUAAGAAAUAAGACAGGAGGAGGCACUAUUAAUGGAUCUGUGAGCUGGUACCCUGUUUUAGUGCGGUCCUUGGACGACAGCACAAGGUGGAUCUGUACUCUGACAUGCAGUAAUUUUGAUGUUUGACUUCGCCUUCCUUCUUGCAAGAGAGGAUUCUAUUAACUUGGUGUCAAAGCCAAGGCAUAGACCCAGCCUGUUCUCUUCAAAAAAGCUUCCCGUCACAACAUGGAAGCCAUUGCCAAGUUCGACUUCACCGCCUCUGGUGAGGAUGAGCUGAGCUUUCACACCGGAGACGUUCUGAAGAUCCUAAGUAACCAGGAAGAGUGGUUCAAGGCAGAGCUUGGGAGCCAAGAAGGAUACGUGCCCAAGAAUUUUAUAGACAUCCAGUUUCCUGAAUGGUUUCACGAAGGCCUCUCGCGACACCAGGCAGAGAACUUACUGAUGGGCAAGGAGGUUGGUUUCUUCAUCAUCCGGGCCAGCCAGAGCUCCCCAGGGGACUUCUCCAUCUCCGUCAGGCAUGAGGACGAUGUUCAGCACUUCAAGGUCAUGAGAGACAACAAGGGUAAUUACUUCCUGUGGACAGAGAAGUUUCCAUCUCUAAAUAAGCUGGUGGAGUACUACAGGACGACCUCCAUCUCCAAACAGAAGCAGAUCUUUCUGAGGGAUAGAACCCGAGAGGAUCAGGGUCACCGGGGGAACAGCCUGGACCGGAGGCCCCAGGGAGGCCCGCACCUCAGCGGGGCUGUGGGGGAAGAAAUCCGGCCCUCGAUGAACCGGAAGCUGUCGGAUCAUCCAGCGACCCCGCCCUCGCAGUACCCCCCUGCACCGCCCCAGCAGCAGCGCCAUCUACAGCACCCCCACUUCUAUCAGGAUCGCCGGGGAGGCAGCCUUGACAUAAACGACGGGCACUGUGGCGUGGGCGUGGCCAGCGAAAUGAACGCCGCCCUCAUGCACCGGAGACACACAGACCCGGUGCAGCUCCAAGCGGCCGGGCGAGUGCGGUGGGCCCGGGCGCUGUACGACUUCGAGGCCCUGGAGGAUGACGAGCUGGGCUUCCGCUGCGGAGAGGUGGUGGAGGUCCUGGACAGCUCGAACCCGGCCUGGUGGACCGGCCGCCUGCACAACAAGCUAGGCCUCUUCCCCGCCAACUACGUGGCCCCCAUGAUGCGAUGAGGCCCUUCGGCGGGGCCCGGGGACCUUGGUCUGGAGCGGCCUGCAGGAGAGGGGGGCAGGGAAGAAAAGCCGGAACUACACCUCCGUACGUGUAUGUGCGUGUCCGCACGCGCACGUGCCCGUGUGUACAUGCGUUUGGUAACAGUAAUUUAUUGGCGAUUCAGUUGGUUCAUUAGUCGGUAUGAAAGGAAGUCAGGUGGAGAAUUAUACUCAUACUUCUAUUUCUGCUCUCCCCUCGGCCGUGUGGAAGGCAAGGGGAAAGUUGGGGUGUGGGGGGGGAGGUAGGGACAUGACCCCGAAAUUCUUCCUGUGGUUAAGACGGCCCCGCUUCCUCCUGGUCCUGGGAAUUUUCACGGAGCAGAGGGGCGUUGGACGCACAACAGGUGCAGCCGGCCCCGGGGGGCACGGGGCAGCUUACCUCCGAGCCCCGCACCCCUUGAGGUUUUGCGGGCAGCGCCCCUCGUCUUCCGCAAGGGUGGGCACUGCUGGGUUGAGACCAGAGGAGCAGCCACACGGGACUGGAGCAGCGGGUGCCUGGAGGCCUGGGCGAGGCUGGCCUCCAGCUCCGAGUUCGGCGGCGGAGACCUUGGCCUCCUCCCUCGCGGGAGCGCCAGUUCCCUUCGGCCGCGGAGACACAGACACCGCGAGGAGCCCAGCGCCGGCACGUGGAGGGAUUGGCACAAAUCCGCAGAGGCCUACUUGGGGGUCCCCUAUGUUUUCCCGGACGCCAAGAAAGCAGCAUCUGACAUUCUGUAAAGUGCUCGGAGAAGCCCUGGCUGAGAAUGCGGAAUGUUAAAGCCUUUGUUUCAUGGCC